AAUGAAAUGUCUCCACCAAUCCAAAGAAAGGAUAGGCGGGAGCUAGACAACCCACCGUGCGGCUUUGUGGACAACGACUCCCAUUGUCAGUAUAUGUAUAAUCUUUGAUACUCCAUUGGUAGCACCACGUAUGCAACCAAUCCGAGGUGCUUUUAUUUUAAAACGUUCAAAUCAACAUCCGGGUUAUUGGUCACAAUGACGUCUAAAGGUCACACGGAAUAUUUUUUAUAACUAACUCGUUUGAAAGUUUUCACUCGCAGAUUGCAUGGACUCCACUGGGCUCAUUUCAGGACAAAAUAAGAAAAGUCCUCCUAUCAAAGUUCUUUCCAGCCAACUCCGAGAGGGGAAAGAUAAUCGAUUGAAUGGCAAGCUCGAAUGUAAUAUAAAAAGACUGGGACAAUGGAAAAACACUGCACUUGUAGUCUCUGUGGUUUGGAUGCAAGGGACAGUACUGGAAGUUCGGUCGGAUCACAACACAGUGCUUCUUUUGGACGAGACAGGGACAUUCGUUGUCAAUGGUGUCAACAACAUUCCUAAGGGCAACCCAUGCCUACUUCAGGGUAACUAUGUCAUGGUGAUGGGGAUGAUCCAGGCCCUCUCUCCAGAACCUGUCCUGCGCGCGGUGAAAAUGGCAGACCUCUCUGAACGCUCUGCGAUUCACAGAAGAAUGUGGAAGUUUGAGGUGGAAGACCUUCAGCAAACGCUCGCGUAGAAGGAUCAGCAGUAUGUUGCUAUCAAAUCAAAAUCAAAUUAAAUGUAUUGGUCACAUACACAUGGUUAGCAGAUGUUAUUGCGAGCGUAGUGAAAUG